GGGGACACCCCCGGGCUAAGCCGGGAUGGGGUUUGUGCCUCAGGAGGGAGGGCUGGGAGCCAUCGCCGGGGGAUUCUGAGGAACCCCGGCCGUGUGUGGGGUGUGAGGGGAGGCCCGGCGGGGCCCGUUCUGCACGCGGCCGGAGCACACGCGGACCCACCGGCCACAUCCCAUCCAUCCACCCUCCACGCGCUCUGCAGAGGACGACAAGGAUCUCUCCGAGGGCAAGAGCCCGGCUUUUGUGGAGCAAAAAUCAAAGGAAACCAUGAAUGAGACUAGAAGGCAACAGCCUUGUGACAUCACAGCCUUUGGGGACAGCGUGGUGGUUGGUAAGUGUCCCCAGCCCGUCGCCGUGCCCAGAGCCCAGGCAGAAGUCGGCUGGGAAGGACGUCCAGAGCCUGUUCAGCGGGGGCAGCUCGUCCGUCAGCAGCACCAUGCUCAGCCAGGGGCUCUUGCGGCUGCUGCCGCUCUCGCUGCUGCUGCUCUUGGUGCAGCCACUGGACCCUUCCAGCCACGCUGCUGGGGACACAGGGAGCUGGGAUGCGCUUCCCCAGGCCCUGGAGGAGCAGGAGGCCGUGGCGCCAGGGAGGGACGCCAUGCUGGUCCUGGAGGCGCUGCCGUGGAUCUGCGCAGCCGUGGCCCUGAUUCUCAGGGGCUUUUACGUGGGCUGGGUCCUUGUCAGAGGGCUCAGGAGACGCUGGGGAGAGGUGAGGGAGGGGCUGAGGCAGGUGGGCCGGUGCCGGGGCCGCCACGGCCUUGGGCCAGGAGGGUGUGGGGCGAGGGCCGAGGGCCCCCGUGGGGGAGCAGAGCUGGGCAGGCCCGCGAAGAGCCAGAGCGCCGGGGCCUCUGCACGGCCGUGCUGCCAGGGCCACGGCUGCUCCGAGGAGCUGCUGCAGCUGCUGCUGGAGAACCAGGCCCUGAUGAAGAUGUCUCUGCUCCAGAGCUCCCGGCAGAGGCCAGUGCCCCGAGGGAGGAGGCGAAGGAACGCCGGCACUCAGAAGAGCAGACUCCACCUCUCGCCUCUCCUCCGACUCCCCAGCCCCAGCUCAUCUCUGGGCUUGGUGGACAUGGCAGGGAAUGUGUGA